GAGCCCUGCGCGGGCAGGUGCGGCGGGCGAGGCCGCUGCCCCGCGGCGGGCCGGCGCACGGAGGCUUCGUCAAUGGAAGUAUGUUACCAGCUGCCCGUGCUGCCGCUGGACAGGCCGGUGCCGCAGCACGUCCUCAGCCGCAGAGGGGCCAUCAGCUUCAGCUCCAGCUCCGCGCUCUUCGGCUGCCCCAACCCCCGGCAGCUCUCGCAGAGACGUGGAGCAAUUUCCUAUGACAGCUCUGAUCAGACUGCGUUGUACAUUCGUAUGCUAGGCUCUUGUGUAAUAUUCAAACAGCUGAGUACAAGAGAUGUGCGAGUAAGAAGUCGGGCAGGAUUUGAAACAGAGAGAAGAGGUUCUCAUCCAUACAUUGAUUUCCGUAUUUUUCACUCAAAUUCUGAAAUCGAGGUCUCUGUGUCUGCAAGAAAUGUGAGAAGGUUGCUUAGUUUCCAGCGAUACCUGAGAUCUUCCCGUUUUUUCCGUGGUAUCACUGUUCCAAAUUCUUCAAACAUUUUAGAUGAUGAUUAUAAUGGACAAGCAAAGUGUAUGCUGGAGAAGGUUGGAAAUUGGAAUUUUGAUAUUUUUCUUUUUGAUAGACUGACAAAUGGAAACAGUCUAGUCAGCUUAACCUUUCAUCUGUUUAAUCUACAUGGACUAAUUGAACACUUCCAAUUAGAUACGAUGAAACUUCGUAGAUUUUUGGUUAUGGUUCAAGAAGAUUAUCACAGUCAAAAUCCUUAUCAUAAUGCAGUUCAUGCUGCUGAUGUGACUCAGGCCAUGCACUGUUACUUAAAAGAGCCCAAGCUUUCCAAAUCUUUAACUCCAUGGGAUGUCCUGCUCAGUUUAAUAGCAGCUGCCACACACGAUUUGGAUCACCCAGGCGUUAACCAACCUUUCCUAAUUAAAACAAAUCAUUAUUUAGCGACUUUAUAUAAGAAUACCUCAGUAUUAGAGAACCAUCACUGGAGAUCGGCAGUGGGGUUGCUGAGAGAGUCUGGUUUAUUUGCACAUAUGUCAUUAGAAAACAGGCAGCUGAUGGAGAGCCAGAUAGGUGAUCUCAUUCUUGCUACAGACAUCAGUCAACAAAACGAGUACCUGUCCAUGUUCCGAUCCCAUUUGGAUAGAGGAGAUCUAUGUUUAGAGAAUGCAAACCAUCGUCACUUCAUCUUACAGAUGGCUUUGAAGUGUGCAGAUAUUUGUAACCCCUGUCGGACAUGGGAGCUGAGCAAGCAGUGGAGUGAAAAAGUAACAGAGGAGUUCUUCCAUCAAGGUGAUAUUGAAAAAAAAUAUCACUUGGGUGUGAGUCCACUUUGUGACCGACAGACAGAAACUAUUGCCAACAUCCAGAUUGGUUUUAUGACUUACUUAGUGGAACCACUGUUUGGGGAAUGGGCCCGGUUUUCCAACACGAGGCUGUCCCAGACAAUGCUUGGCCACCUGGGACUGAACAAGGCGAGCUGGAAGGGAGUGCAGAGGGAACAGUCAGGCAGCGGUGACGAUGUUGACCCCACCUUUGAGGAAAUGGACUCAGACAUUUUACCUCAGGAACCUCGAUUGUCCUGACCUCAAUCUCCAUGACAAAACUGCCUCUUCCCUCGGUAUCUGCACGGUUGGAUUAAAGGAGACACAUGCCAGCCCAAGGUUUUGGUAAAACGGUAAAAUGAUGCCAGCAUUAUUUAUUUCCAAGUUUUCCUUUGACACAGACCAUUUGACCCAGAAUUUUUUUAAGCCGCCAGAUCUGAACAUAGAGCAAUAUGCACCCGCCUCAGUUGGUUGUCGUUCGGAACCUCGAAUAUGCAAAGCACAGCAGUGACUGAGCCUUGGAGCAAUGGGACGAAAGCUUCAUUGUGCCCCUUGGCUUGGGUUUUCUCAUGAUAUUUGGAAUACGGUCUUCAAAUCUAAGACUUGACACGGAUUAUUCCACUCCCUUGGAAUUUAGCAAGACUUGCAUAAAUGUGUUCAAAGCAUACCUUCCACUCAGUCCCUGUUUUAAUACGGAAAUGUGAAGUGCCCAUCCUCUGCUGCCUCUGGCAAGACUUGAUGUUUACAAAUGUACUCUGAAACUAUCGGUUCUAGACUUAACCUUUGCGCAUGGCUGUGAAGGAACCACUAACUUGGGUUUUUUGCUUUUUUAAAAGAAAAAGAUCAAAUCUGAGACUGCAGCUCUUGUUUCUUUGGAUGCCAGAAAAGCCUCCCAUUUGCCAUAAUUUUGUUUGUGCACUGGGAA